CCAUUCACUUAGUUUGUUGAUUCAUUUGGUUAAAACAAGUGUUCAAUAAACUAAAUCGAAUUCAAAGUUGAGAGCUGUGAAAUAAACCAAAAAAACAACACACUAACAAAGUGUAGAAAAUUUCUCUAACUAAAACGACAGCCAUGGAUUCCAUCCAUUUCCUUAUCCAUAAUUUCCUCUUAUCUCAGAUUUUCCAUACCCCACCUUCUGUAAACGACACCGUUCCUCCCUCUCCAACCCCUUCUUCCACUUCCCUUCUCCUCCUCCUCCUCCUCCUCCUUCACAACCGCAUCCACACAUUCCUCCAUGGAAGCCGUCUUCCUCAAUCAAUCUCUCUCUCGCCUUAAACUUCCCCCUAAAACCCCUCUCCCUUUCCCCUCUCCAAUCCCCCAUCUCAAUCUCCGCCGCAACUUUACUCAUUUCACCGCUUACGCCGUUCAAAGCGACCAACCCAUCACGCAACAAACCCAAAAGCCAGAAGACGACGAAUCCUACGGCGAAGUCGAUGGCAUCAUCGGCAGCCGUGCUCUGCCCGACGCUACUGGAAUGGAGUAUCUAAUUAAAUGGAAAGAUGGGCAUUCCCCUUCAUGGGUUCCUUCUGAUUUCAUCGCCAAAGAUGUUGUAGCCGAGUACGAAACUCCCUGGUGGACCGCCGCAAAGAAAGCCGAUGAAUCCGCUCUCAAAUCGCUUAUAGAUUCUGGUGAUGAACGCGAUUUCGAUGCGGUGGAUGAAGAUGGGAGAACCGCUCUUCUGUUUGUAUCGGGGCUUGGGUCUGUGGAAUGUGUGAGAAUAUUGGCGGACGCCGGAGUGAAUCUUAACCACCGUGAUAACAGCGGUGGGUUUACAGCUUUGCAUAUGGCGGCAGGGUAUGUGAAACCAGAGACGGUGGAGUUGUUGGUGGAAUUGGGGGCGGAUCCGGAGAUUGACGAUGAGAAGGGAAGGACGGCAUUGGAGUUAGCGAAGGAGAUACUGAAAGCGACGCCGAGGGUUCAGUUUAUGAGGAGAUUGGGGUUGGAGAAGGUGAUUAGAGCGGUGGAGAAGGUGGUAUAUGAGUACGCGGAGGUGGAGGAAUUGCUGGAGAAGAGAGGGAAAGGGGAGAAUUUGGAGUACUUGGUGAAAUGGAAAGAUGGAGAGGAUAAUGAGUGGGUGAAAGUGGGGUUGAUUGCGGAGGACUUGGUGGGAGAUUAUGAAGCAGGGUUGGAAUAUGCGGUGGCGGAGGCGGUGGUCGGAAAAAGAGUUGGGGAUGAUGGGAAGAUGGAGUAUCUUGUUAAAUGGACGGAUAUACAAGACGCCACGUGGGAGCCUUUGGAUAAUGUGGAUCCGGAUUUGAUUAACGAGUUUGAGAAGGCCCAGGCCCAAUCCAGUAAUUGGUAGCGCCCUUUGACAAACCCUUUCCUCCCCAAGUAUGUAUUUAAACUAGAGAUUUUUUUCUUCUAAUAUUGGAAAAAUCUUAAAAAAAGAAAGAAAGAAGAGAUUCAUAAUAUAUACUCUCCUUUUUGAA